AUGGAAACCUGGGAGAUUUCAGAGCUGUGUCCAGGGGAGGAGAAGCACAACCAGCCUGAUCCACAAAUGGAGAGGUUCAAAACUGCUCAUCACGAAUUCAGGCUGAAGCCUGAGUCUGACACCCUCACCCUCAGGCAGCAAACGGAAGUCCAGCAGUGUCAGUUUGAGACCAAAAUCAAGUCUCACAAACUGUGA